AUGCAUAACACCUACCUUGUAUUCUUGGGUAUUGGCACUGCCAUGAUCUUCAACAUGCAGUUGCUGGCUAACGCACAAAGCCCAGAAUGGGUUUUCAGUGCACAGGUUUUAAAUUUACAGUACCUUCAGCUGUAUUAUUCAACCAAAGAAGUCAUCCCGAAUAUUUCGCCAGCUCCUGACGUUUCAGUACUUGCAGAACUGUUCGGAUUCAUUGGCAAGAAUCCCACGCCUCGAAAAUACAUCGGGGCGGGGGAAAUGCUGUCGAAAACAGAAGCAGAAACAGUCAUGCAAUCCUCGAGCAAGAUCCAUCUCACUGAUGCAGAGAAAGAGCAGUAUAUCCUUUCUGUUGCUCAGACACUGUCAUCCGAGGACAUCGACGAUGUCAUUGAGAAGACAGCCAAAGAAGCCUACCAAAAUGCAAAGGACGUUCAGUCUGCAUUUAUGAAAGCUACUGUUGGGCUUCUCGUAGGGCUAAGAGAAGAGGGGUUAGUAUCGGACAGACUUAGUAUCCCUCUGUCGAGGAAUAUUGCCCAGUACGGAGAUAAAUUUGACGACGAGGUCAUUUCUCUCUGUACGAAUCUAGACUUUUCAAUUGACCAGCGUAAAGCGAAGAUCGCGCAAUACAUCUCGAUUGGAAGACCCAUUGGCCUUGGCACUAUUCCAGCGCCGAAUGCGAGUCUAGCCAUCAGUUUCGCAAUCCAAUCGGAGGCAGCAGGAGGUGUCUCCACGCAUGCGUACAGACGAAGUAUCUCCGAGGUUAGAAGAUGUAGUGGCUACACUCAGCUCAACUCAGCUGGUCAUGGCUUUGCGAAUGUCCUCGAUUUCGAAAAUGUUACAUGCCGUAUUCUCAGGAGUCUUGAUAAUGCACAGCCUAUCGUGAACGACUGUUGA